CUGACAUCCAGCAGACAUCCAAAAGUUUCUCUGUCUUUUUACUAACCGUUGUUGGAGAUCUCUUCCUGCCGGAGAGCAGCGAUGCUUUUCCGCUCCAUAGUCGACAGAGGAGUGGGCAGAAGGAGGCAGAACGCGCGCCCUGCAGAUCCAUGCCCCAAAUUCCCCCUGAGCUCUCUGCUGGAAGGCUACAAGUGCAUCCGACACGAUGAGCACAUCUCCUACGGGAACCUGGGUGACUCUGUGCCACCGUUUGGAUUAGCUUUCUCCUCUGUCGGGAGCCUGCAGGACGUGCUGGCAGCUGCUAAUGAGGAGGGGAUCGUUAGGAUUUACAACACAGAGAACCGUGAACAGCCACUUCUUAAAGAGUGGUUGGCUCAUGAGAAUGCAGUGUUUGACAUCGCCUGGGUACCGGGGGAGUCUCAGCUGGUGACCGCUGCAGGUGAUCAGACGGCCCGGCUUUGGGAUGUGAGGUCCGGGGACCUGCUGGGCAGCUUUAAGGGCCACCUCUGCAGCCUCAAGUCUGUGGCUUUCAGUCCAAGUGAGAAAGCUGUGUUCAGCACUGGGGCCAGAGAUGGAAACAUUAUGGUCUGGGACACCAGGUGCAGCAAAAAAGAUGGUUACUACAGACAGGUGAAGCAGAUCAGCGGCGCUCACAACAAAUUCGAACCAAACCCCCCGUCCAAGACAAAAAAGAAGCGGGGCAGCAUGCGCGGCAUGGCCCCCAGCGUGGACACCCAGCAGAGCGUCACCGUCGUGCUGUUUCGGGAUGAACACACACUCGUCUCCGCCGGGGCAGUUGACGGAGUAAUCAAGAUGUGGGAUCUGAGGAAGAACUACACUGCUCACUGUCAAGACCCCGUGCCUCUGCAGAUGUACCCGUACCCCGGCUCCUGCAUGCGCACCAGGCUGGGUUACUCCGGACUCGCCCUGGACUCCUCCAGGUCCAACGUCAUGUGCAACUGCACAGACGACAACAUCUACAUGUUCAAUGUUUGUGGGAUCAGAACUACUCCAGUGUCAGUUUUCAGCGGCCACCAAAACUCCUCCUUCUACGUCAAGUCCUCUCUCAGCCCCGAUGACCAGUUCCUGGCCAGCGGCUCCAGCGACAACAACACAUACAUCUGGAAGAUCUCCGACCCUCAACAUCCUCCUGUGAUCCUUCAAGGCCACAGCGAAGAGGUGACGUCCGUCGUCUGGUGCCCCUCCGAUUUCACUAAGAUUGCUUCCUGUUCUGAUGACCACACUGUGCGGAUCUGGAGGCUCCACCGGGAAGCGGAUGGAGCUCCAUCAUCAGUGGGAGAGGCUAACCUUGUUGGCUGGGCUCGUCCUGUGUCUGUCUCCAGGCCUCCGGUCCGAGCUGAGUGCACCCCCGCCAAGAACCAGAGGAAGGAGAGUGUGUGGGGUCUGUGCUCCCCUCAGCCCGCCUCCUGCGCCCCCAGCGGCGCCGCCUUACCUCUGUCCACCAGCACCGCCUCGCCGGCCCCGUCCCAGAACGCCAAGUCGGCCGCAGUUCGCCAGAGAUCGCCGACCUCCAUCGAGCAGUGGCUGUCCCCGGUCGGCCUGGGGUCCCCGUCUCAGGACAGCCCCCCGCCGCGCCGGGUCCUCAGCGCGUGCCCCCAGGACCCCGCCGGCAGCGCCUCUCCCACCGAGCGCCGGGCCAAACGCCGGCUGGAGACCGGGGGCGCGUCGCCUCCGUGCUGCGACAGAGCGGACCGGUGCGGCUGCGUCGCCGAACUGUACCCCUCAACCAAGAGGAACCGGGCCCCCUCCGGGGUCUGCGGCCCCCCCGGGGACAGCUCGGAGCGAACGGACUCGGAGGACGGCGUCAAGCCGGCCUCGACGACACGGACUGACAAGGAGAACCGCUCUCCCAGGACCAUCAACUGGCUGUCGGUGAUGGGUCAGAAGAUGAAGAAAGGUCAAAGAAGCCCCAGAACUCCCAGAAGCUCCAGGAAACACGAGGUCAAGAGCCCAGCUGCAGCCAAUGUCCUCUCACCUCAAAGCAUGAAGAAGAUCUCUGUGUACUUCACCAAAAAACCUCAAGAGUAAAACCAUAUAAUACACCCUUCAAGACACUUUGUUUCUAUAGUUGGAUUUCUUUAUUGGAAGCUCAAAGACCAAAAUCCAGAUCGAUACUUGGAUUAGAUGAACCCGAGGUGCAAGAAGACUCAUGAAACUGUCAAA